AUGUCAGUCGCAGUGAACGAACCAGUUGACAUACCCGCCGACUUUAUUGCCAACAACCGCACUAUCCUCUCAUCAUUCAACGACGCAGACUUCAGUUUUUUAAAGCAGGAGCAUGAGUUCAAAACAUGGCCGAAUCGAAGCCAGUACUCUGCAUUGGGUAGUCCUGGUCAUACAGUGACGCAGAAUAACGCAACCACGGAGACAAACACUGGACUCUUGGAUCGGUCUAACCCCGCGGCGAUCGAGUUCGAACUGAAAGAUUACAAGGAGCUAUUUUCGAAACUGAAGGUCACCUACCUUGAACAAGAGACAAAGGAAGCAUUUUUAAGAAUUAUCUUGGAGGAUGAUGAGGAGGAUGGAGAAGAGGCAAAUGGAAAAGAGCUGAAAUUGUGGAAAAUCGGACAGAAGGAGAUUGAUGAAGUCACAGAGCGAAAUGCCGAGCUGAAAGCUGUCUUGGUAGAUAAGAAGAAGAGCUUACAGACUACUUCUGACGAGAUUUCGAAACUUGUUGAGGAUAUCUGUAAAAGAUAUGAGACGCUGAAGGCUGAGGUCACCGAAUCAGAGCAGCUACUACUCGAGCUCGAGGAUAUGAAGAAAGAGCUCCAAGAGCUUGAGAAAUCAGAAGAAGAACCAAAGGAAUCACACGAGACUCUUUCUUUGAAGGAGACCAACGAGCUAUACGUCGGGCUCAAACUUCAAGAGAUGGAAUUAGACGAUGACAUCAAGAAUCUGAGAGACGUUUCGAUUCCCCAGAAAACGCAGGAGCUCGAAAGGCUUACAAAAGAAUUGACCGAUCUCACGAAGCUGAAAAGUCAGCUUGACGAGGCGGCCGAGUUGGCGGUGAAAGUUCGCCAGUCUGAGCUGAAGGAGGGAAAACUCGUUGAGAAGGAGAAUCAAGCGAGAUGGUACACCGAGGUGUACGGCAUUGUCUGCGCACUGUUCAAUAUCGAUGAUGUACAGAUUGAUAAAGCGGCAGAGCAGGUUAUGGUUGCUGGAAAGGACUCAAAGCAGCGCGAGUUAGAGGUGAACCUGAUGUUUACCAAAGGACGAUUCUAUAAUGCGACGAUUUCCACUUCUGCACCAGUUGAUAUCAAGAACGCAGUGGACAAGGCAGUUAAGACUAAUAGUGUACAAGUGUUCAUGGAAGAGCUGCGAGCUACUCUUGACGCGUGA